GGCGGGCGAGGCAGCCUGAAGUCCCGACUUCUGUCCGCGCGGCUCGGCCCCUCCGCUGCGCCCCGAGCCCCGCCCCGGCGACAGAGCGGCUUCUGUUUACUUUCGAUCGAGUUUUUCCUGCUCCGGGCAGGUGCCCGGGCAGCUCGGGGUUGGCGGUUGCGCGCGUCACUCCCGCUCUCUCCGCGCGCCGCCUGCACCCGGGAAGGGCGCGUCGGGGCUAGCGGCGGUCACGGCAUCCCCGGCGUGUUGACAGCCGUCCCGUUUGUGCUCAGGUGAUGACCGCGGUGGCAUGGAGUUCCCGGAGCACGGUGUACGGCUGCUGGGCCGCCUGAGGCAGCAGCGCGAGCUGGGCUUCCUGUGCGACUGCACUGUCCUGGUGGGCGACACGCGUUUCCCUGCGCACCGCGCUGUGCUGGCCGCGUGCAGUGUCUACUUCCAUCUCUUCUACAGGGACCAACCCGCGAGCAGCCGCGACACGGUGCGGCUCAACGGCGACAUCGUCACGGUGCCCGCCUUCAGCCGCUUGCUGGACUUCAUGUACGAGGGCCGCCUGGACCUGCACAGCCUGCCUGUCGAGGACGUCCUGGCUGCUGCCAGCUACCUACACAUGUAUGACAUCGUCAAGGUCUGCAAGGGCAGGCUGAGGAAGAAAGACCCGGAUCUGGAGACCCGCACUCUGGGGAUAGAGCUUCCUGGUCAGCCACCACACUCCCUGCCUUCCUGGUCCCCUGACUUCUGCCAGGCCGCACCAAAGGUCAGACCCCCAUCUCUAGGGGUCAAGGCUGUCCAUCCUCUGCCCACAUUUGGACCUCCAUCUUGGCAGGCCACAGGGGAGUCAAGUGGGGCCCUGGACCUGUCACUGAAGCCUGGUCCAAGACCGGAGCAGGUCCACCCACCCUAUACCCUCCAGGCAACCUUCUGCGGCUCCGUGCAGCCAGGGGCCCAGCGUCUGGUGAAGGCUGAGCAAGAUUCACUCUCUGAACAAGGUAGCAGCAGCCCUCGGAGCACCAACAGAUCCCCACCACCAGUCUGUGCUUCCGAAGCCCAAGGCCUGGCAGCAGACUUGGAGCCAGCCCACGUCCGAGGGCCAGGCAGCCAGCAGCUGGGGCUGGGUGCCGAGCCUGUGGGGGUCAGUGAGGAGCUAGGUCCCAACAGGCACCUUUGCAUUUGCCCGCUGUGCUGCAAGCUGUUCCCGAGCGCCCAUGCACUGCAGCUGCAUCUCAGCGCCCACUUCCGGGAGCGGGACAGCGUCCGCGCCAGGCUCUCUCCCGAGGGGGCCGUGCCCACAUGCCCACUCUGCAGCAAGACCUUCUCCUGCACGUACACACUCAAGAGGCAUGAACGGACACACUCUGGGGAGAAGCCCUAUACGUGCGUGCAGUGUGGCAAGAGCUUCCAGUACUCGCACAACUUAAGCCGGCAUGCCGUGGUGCACACGCGGGAGAAGCCCCAUGCCUGCCGCUGGUGUGAACGCCGAUUCACACAGUCUGGGGACCUGUACCGCCAUGUCCGCAAGUUCCACUAUGGCCUCGUCAAGUCCUUGCUGGUGUGAAGUGUUCUCGUUUUGUUUUUCUGUAUCCCCAAGGUGGAGGGAGGGACGGGGCAGGGUCUCCUGGAUGGGACUCUGGGACAGAAGCAGCAGCCCAGGCGGGUGGAAGCCCUGCCCCAAGGCUAGAAGGUUCCACCUGCCAACCUGAAUGAAUGCUGCUGAAUUCAUACCCUUCCCGCUGCACCUCACACCUGAGCACAGGUUGUCCCCUGCCCAGUUAGGGGCACUGUCCUCCUCAGUGUCCUAUCCAGCAAGGCUCCAGGCGUGUGGACCCACCUGUUCACUGGGCCUGGGCUUCUCAGUGUGAGGUAACCGCUGUCCUCUGUCCCAGGGCACCCCUGGCCACCCUGCUGGGACCCUCGACGGUGUCCUUGUGUGUAUGGAGUGCCACCGUGGGAUGACUCGCUUGUCAAGAAAGCCAUUAGUGCCAGCGUCUAGCGGGGUGCAGAGUGAACAGGCCACCCCUAGUGAGUGGCAGCGGGGACCCCCGUUGAGAAGGCCUCCAAGGCACAAGCACCAGCAGGAGCCACAGAGACGCAGCUGGCCGUGCAGGAGGCGUGGCCCCAGUGGGGGACCCUGGAGCAUCAUGAGGGCGACUAAAGCUGGGUGUCCCUGGAGAGACUGUCGCUGGGGUGGAACGGAGGUGGGACUUUGGGCAAAGAAGGGACAUUUGGAAAUAGAUUCCCUUUUUAUCAAAAGGGGCCUCACAAGGCCACCAUAUGUCUGAUACUGGGUGAGGACCCUCCAAGUAUCCCCUACUGGGGUCACGGGGCUGGUGAUGGCAGAUCCUGCCAUGAGCCAAGCUUGUCAUGUGGAAGCUAAGGCUGUGCUCCAGCAGGCCUGACCCUGGGAGUCACUGUCCUGCUGUCUAUGGGUCUCCCUGGAGCUGUAGCCAUUCCCAGGCAUCAAACACAAGACCAGAGCUUGCCCAGCUGCAGAGGAGCAAUGUUUGCUGUGCCACCUCCUGCUGUGGGGCACGGGUAGGAGCAGCUGUCACAGGGAAGGAAGGCUGCCCCCCCAAAUGUGAAGGACUUCUUCCUCUGCCUCUCUGGCGGACGUGGGCCUCGUUACUUUGGCCACCUGCUCCCCAAGCAAGUUUUGCUGUCCCAGAACCUUGAUGGUUUCAGGAAGGGGGUGUGGCAGGCUGGGGGUGGCCUCAGCCAUGCCUCAGCAAGUGGUAGAGCUGUCUCUGAUGACCACAGAUGGCCCAGAGGGCAGAGGUGGGCCAAGUCUAAGGCAUCGUGUCCUCUAACCCUUGAUGUAUUUAUUUGUCUGCUUGGUGUAGAGUGACGUGACAGUUAGUGUCCCCAAGGUGGGCAGAACCAUUGUUUAUCUCCUAACCCUCUCUGUGCCUGUCUGUGAUGCUCCAAGACUGGAGGUCCGGGACAGGCUGCAGUUCAGAGAGCGGGAGAGGAGGCGGUGACGUCCUGGUUUCUGACUCCGCUGGUGACUGAUGACCUGAGGUGUGUGUGUAUGUGUGUGUGUCUGUCUGUCUGUCUGUCUGUCUGUGUCUGCGUAUCUACAGGACUACAAAUGAGCAGGCAGAACACCACUGUGUUGGUUUUCCUUAGUGCCUGCCUGCUUUCCCCGGGGCGGGGAAUCUGCCCUGAAUCAACACUGGACUCAAAGUCUUCGGCGCGGUUACUGGGAAGCUAAGAGAGAAUAAGUGGCUGGUUGCAGGUUUACAACUGGCACUGUUCGGUUGCCUGUGUGCGUGCGCAUGACUGACACACUGCCUGUGUGGAAACACAGGACAUCUGUGUAUAGGAGUCCAGGUGCGCUCUGCUGUGUGGGGUCCUUAGGGCCAACCCAGCUACUGUCCCUGCUUGUGGUCUCCCUGCUGCUCCGCCCCUGGAGGGACCCCUGGGACAUGACUACACAGGACAGUUCUUCCCGUGUAGGUUUGGCUGGGGUGUUCGCACAGUCAGCCCGCGCCACUCCGAGAAAUGAGUGCUGUCUUCCCAUUUCACACAUUCUGGCGGUCACAGUGAUAGUGCAAUAAAGCCAACCACAUGUGGA